UCACGAGUAGGAGCGUCGAGUUAAAAAAAAAAUAGGUGUGACAUCCUUUGAGCGGAAUAUCAGGAAGCGAGGUGAUUAAAGUACACCUGCGUACUCCUUUGAGCAGAGUGCCCUGAGGAUGGCUGGCAGUGAAGGCGAGAAACCCAAGGCGACUUUGAACUUAUAUGUAACCCUGUUAUCAUUUAACACUUUGGAGAACAAACAAUCCAGAAAAGAUGUGUUCUGUCAAAGUCGUUAUUCUCCUCUUCUGCUACGCUUGUCUUUCCACCGGAGACACGCACGUGUUCUUUGAGUCCAAGAAUUUUUACAAUGUGCUCAACUGGAUCGCGGCGGAACCUUCAUCCACCGACCAAAAGGUCCUCUACAGCGUCCAGUACAAGAGGUACGAUUCGGAACAUCGUUUCCGGAUCAAGAACGAGUGUCAGAACAUCACGGCUCUUCACUGCGACCUGACGACAGAAACCCCGUCGCUCCCCGACGUUUAUUACGUGGCGCAGGUAUUCGCCAACGGUCGGUUCCACGGACGCACCACCAGGCUCAACCCCGUCGCACACACUACUCUGGGCAAAGCCAUCUUGUUUACAGACGUGACACCGGUGUCCUUGUUUGUUAGUGCCACGCUUCCGUUGGGGCCAAAUGAUGUUUCCGUGGCGGACAUCAUCAGGAAGAGCAAAACGGGUCCCGUCAAUACGUCCAUUGAAUAUACCUUUAAGAUCACCUCUCCAAAGUCGGCUGUACAGUAUUACCGCAGCUUGUCAGCUCAGUUUGAGUUCCACUUGAAAUUCAGCGAACGUGAAUACUGCGGCUAUGUGGUCUACAAGCCUUUGUGCGAGUGGGGUCGCAAUGAGAGUGAGAAGGCCGACUUCUGCGCAAACCUACCAAGUGACCUCGCCAAGAUUCUACCAUGGCCGCUUACGGCCGCCACCCUUCUGGUUAUCAUUGCCAUAGUGCUGCUUGGAGCUGUGCGUAUCUACGUGAAGGGCGGGAUGUACAAGAAGCCACCUCGGUCACUGGAAUUACGUACUGCCAGAGAAGUGCCAAAUGUCCACCAACACCCAGAGAGGAAUCUGCUGAUUUGCAGAGCGAUGGUCUCUGCUCAAACUGAACCAAUCUAUGUCUACAAGUAUGCUUCUGCCAGGCUCAAUCCAAGCGGGGUUUGCGUAAGACCUCCUGGAGGCUAUUCCCCGCAGGACGACCUUUGUCAACCCUGGCUGGGUGCGACUGACUCAUCGGUGGGCAGACCAAAAGACCAGGGCUCCAGUAGGCAGUCCUCUGUCGUUUACAGCUCCCUGGGGGGGGCGGUUCCGACAGAACCAAACGAGUUUCCGAGGACCCUUGCGGAAAACACAUCCGGCCUGGACGUGGUUCCGUCCGAACAGCUGCAGUUGAACACGGUCCGAGAUGCCAACGGACAACUGAAGUUGGCAUCUGUGGCUUUCCAGGUAGAGAGAAAGCCUCUGCAAUCCGACCGCUUGGAAUCUGGGGGGAACGUUUCAGUUUUGGCUCUUGUCAAUCGCUUGGAUAGCUUCGACUCAUCAGACUCUGGGUGUGUCGACGGGACGCCGGUACUGAUGGACUGCGACCAAAUUCCGUCGGCGCCGCUUGGAAUUUACAUAACCAAUAGUAUGCCAGCCGGUGAUGCCAACCCGGCAUCGCCGUACAAACAAAACUGGUUGGCUCUUGAUACCACACCCAACAAUGAUCAGGACUUCAUGAGAAGUAACCGUGACUGGACUUUCACGAGUUCGACAGAAACGGAGGAUGGGGAGUUCAAUCACAAUGCAGAAUCGCCAGGAAUAUUUCUUGAAGAUUGGGUACUACAAAUACAAGAUUAAUACUUGGUCUUUUUAAGCUAUUUUUGUGUACUGUAUUUUUCAGCGACAUUUGACUCCGCAAGGACUUUCAAUUUUAGCUCCACCAGAAAAAAUGUGUCUUAUAGUGAUUUGCCAAAGACUUUGGGAUCUUAUCGCGAAUUAGUGGAGGCAUUUGGCCUUUAAGAUUGAUUUCCGUUCCACAGUCUAUGCCUAACCAAUGCUUACGCAGAAGGAAAGUCAGAAUUACUGUGAAUAUUUGUAAGCACUGGUUGCUAAAAUAUUUCAGAGUGUACGUAAGGUGGUAACAGGGUGUGCUCUGCUUCAUACGAUUGGAGGGCAGAUGGUUGACGUCAAGUUUGUUCAACAGGAGGCAAAGUUGUCGCAAGACACUCAUUUGCAAUGUCAUAAAUCAACGUUAUCUCCUUCAACCCUGUUGACUUGUCAUUGUUUGUGAAGAUGUACAUAUGUUUUCAAGUGUGAUUUAUUUAUUUUUUGCAAUAUUGUUUUUACAAAUUUCUAUUCACUGUUAACUCUGUGGUCUGGUUUGUUCGCUUCAGUGUUUGCUAGUUCCGCACCUGUGUGUAAAUAAAGCGGUCAACAUACUCAAAAGCCUACGGGCAAGGUUCAAGUGACACUGAUAACAGAUUUAGGUCACAUUUUUGUUGAUAUACAAGCUGUAAAGUAAUGACGAGAGAGUGUUCUGGAUAAAACAGAGAUGUGACUUAUGGGAAAUGAGCAAACCACAAAAGUUUGGACUUUGGCUACAUUGAAAAUGUUCGACCUUUCAAGGAAUUUUAAUUAAGUCUGAAUGAAGGAGCAAAAUCCCCCCCCCCCCUUUUUUUAUCCACCUUGGGGAGGGGCGGCCAUUUUACCACUUGCGUUUGACUGAAAAUGACAUCACAGUUGCGCAGGACUCUGGGAACGACCAAUCACGGCUCAGCUUGUGGUUGCCCGGUUCAAAGGUGUUUGUGUAUACAGGUCACUAGAUCCGAGAUUACAGGUCAAUGACAAACAGGUACGGUCCACACUUUGAAGAGCCCAAACUCGAACUGUGUAGCUCCUGGUUGAGAGGGCUUUCAUUUCAUUUUCAUUUUUGUUCCGAACCUGAUUACGUUUUACUGUUCUGCUGAAAUGAACUUUACACGGUGACAUCUGAGUGGAUCCCGGCAACGCGGACAUUUACGAUGUUUUUCAUUUGCCUCUAUGGUAAAUUAAAAAAAGAAAACACCUAUAGCCUGCCUUUAAUUUCCCAUGAGUGCAGAUGUAAUUAGUGCUGGUCAGUUAGAGAUGUGUAUCGUGGAAUAUGGUGAGGCGUUACAGCUCAUUCAGAUAGUCGUGGGAAUACAGAUCUGAUAAAGUCACUCCGAUUUUUGUCUAAUAAAAUUGAGACAUUUGCUUUUGGCUGUGA